AUAGAAAUAAACACAACAAACACAACAAAGUUUUUAAAAGUCUGAUCACAUGUUUGUCACACUUGUUGUCUGUUUUUAAAGACAUCAUUGCAUUCACACAACUGACUGAUCGACUGAUUGGCCGACAAAAUGACUGACCAAACAAUACUUCGUCAGUUAAUCCGCGACUGUUUUCAUCUAAAGGCCAUCAAAUUUGGCGACUUUGUACUGAAGACAGGCCGCCGAUCGCCAAUCUAUCUGGACAUCCGACCGAUGGUCAAUCAACCGGAACCAUUGAUCACUUUAACUAAUCUAAUGUACGACAAGUUGAUGGCCGAGAAGUUAGAGUUUGAUCUGAUUUGUGGCGUUCCCUACUCUGCACUGUCUAUCGCUGCGGGCAUGUGUGUACUUAAAGAGUAUCCCGAAAAAGAUCCAAAAAAAGUACCAAUGAUUACCAAACGCAAAGAAAUGAAAGACUACGGAACCAAACAAAUGAUUGAAGGCGUCUAUCAAUCGGGCGAUCGGGUGGUCAUUAUAGAGGAUAUCAUAUCCAGCGGCACCAGUAUUCUGGAAACGGCUAUCACAUUAAGAAACGCCGGACUCGUGGUAACCGAUGCCGUAGUUUUCAUUGAUCGCCAACAGAAUGGCGUCAAAAAUAUGAAAGAGUUUGGUCUCAAUAUACACAGUAUUAUUGGUGUCCGCACAGCACUCAAGAUCCUGGAAGAGGAACACCUAAUAAGCAAAGAACAAAAAGACAAUACUAUUCAAUGGAUUGAUAACAAUCGUCUCGAUGUCAACGAUGAUGUACUCAAUGAUUAUCGUCUAUUAGAUCCCAGCAAUCAGUCAUCAUCUGCAGCGGCAAUAAAACGGUUGUCCUAUGAACAGCGCGCCGAACUACCCACCAGUCAUCCGCUGGCCAAACGAUUGUUCCGAUUGAUGGCAAACAAACAAAGCAAUCUUUGUGUAGCCGUUGAUCUUACAGAUGACCAACAAAUAUUGGAUUUGGCGAAACAAAUUGGUGACCAAAUUGUCAUUUUGAAGCUUCACAUCGAUAUUGUUGACAAUUUUAACGAUAGAUUUAUCGAUGAAUUAAAAUCAAUUGCCGAACAAAAGGAGUUCUUGAUAUUUGAAGACAGGAAAUUUGCUGACAUCGGACAGACAGUCAGUCUCCAGUACACGAAAGGUGUGUUUAAGAUCAGCAGUUGGGCUCAUAUAGUGAACGCACAUUUAACUGCCGGUCCCGGAGCUUUGGAAGGCCUACGCAAACACAUCGCCAAUAAUAGCGAAAGAGGUUGUCUACUAAUAGCAUCCAUGAGCUCAAAGGAUAGCCUAAUGGGCGCUAACUAUACGAAAACAGCCUAUAAAUGGUCGAAGAAGUUCAGUGAUGUUGUCUUCGGUUUUAUUAGUCAAUCGCGAGUCUCAGCUGACCCUUCGGUCAUACAUAUGACACCCGGAGUGAGUAUAGCUGCAAAUGGCGACCCACUCGGCCAACAGUAUGUUUCGCCCGAAACGGCAAUUAACGAAAGGGGUGCCGAUGUGGUCAUUGUCGGCCGUGGUAUCACCAGCUCUACUGAUGUCAAACAAUCGGCCGAAUCGUAUCGUAAACUAGCGUUUGAUGCAUAUCUUAAUCAAAUAAGUCAGUGAUUAAGUAAACAAAUAGAUUU